AUGGACCCCGAUCGCCAGCGUUUCCCGCCCAUCGUCGGCAUUCGAUGGUUUAAUGUCGCUGUGUUGCUUUUGACCCCUCUCGUCGCGUGUCUGGGACUUGUCUUUGUGCCUCUGGACCGCAAAACCUGUGCCUUUUCGUUGGCUUAUUACCUCUUUUCCAUGUUUGGAAUAACUGCUGGUUUUCAUCGGCUGUAUUCUCAUCGGUCAUACGAUGCCUGUCUUGCCCUCCGUGUGUUCCUCCUUCUCGGUGGAACGAGUGCAGUCCAAGGGUCCUGUUACUGGUGGGCUAGGGGUCAUCGUUCACACCACAGAUGGACAGACACCGACAAAGACCCGUAUGAUUCCACGCGAGGUCUCCUGUGGACUCAUGUCGGCUGGAUUGUCUUCAAAACCAAGCUGCGGUCAGGUCCAGUUGACGCAUCAGACCUAACUAAGGAUGUUUUGGUGCAAUGGACUCAUCGAAACUACUUCUUCCUUGCAGCACUCUUUGGCAUCGUUGUUCCAGCCAUGAUCCCCGCUCUAUUCUGGAACGACCCAUGGGGAGGGAUAUGCUUUUCCGCAGCGAUGAGACUGGCCAUCGCUCAUCACUGUACUUUUGCCAUCAAUUCCAUCGCGCAUUAUCUUGGGACAACCCCCUACGACGACGAGCUCAGUCCAAGAGAUCAUUUUUUGUCAGCCAUUUUGACGAUGGGCGAAGGCUAUCACAACUUUCACCACCAAUUCCCCAUGGACUAUCGUAAUGCAAUUGGCUGGUGGCAGUACGAUCCAACGAAGUGGUUCAUUGCAACGUGCAAACUGAUCGGCCUUGCAAGCAACCUGCGGGUAUUUCCGAGCAACGAAAUCGCCAAGGGCACAUUGACUAUGAAGCUGAAAGAACUCAAGCAGCUCCAAGAUACGAUCGUCUGGCCAGACACGGAAGAGACCUUGCCGGCCUUUUCCCAAGAAGCAUUCGAUGAAGAGUCGAUGAAACGACCCCUCCUUCUGGUGUCUGGGUUCAUUCACGACGUCUCGGCCUUCAUAGACGAACAUCCUGGUGGGGCCACCCAUCUAACACGAAACUCUGGAAAAGAUGUGACUAAUGCGUUCUUUGGGGGAGUAUAUCGGCACUCAAAUGCCGCUCAUAACUUAAUGUCGAUGAUGCGGGUCGGCGUUUUGGUGGGUGUGCCACACGUGACUCGACGUGUUGCUCCUUCACAGCGCCUGUUCGUGGCCUCAAGACCACUCGAAGAGGAUUGCCAUUCGCCGACGUAA